UAAUUUUAUGUUUAAUAUUAGGGGUGGCCGUUGCACGAGCAUUUUGCCGGAUGUUUUGUUGUUGUGUGUCGGUGUUUCACUGGCAAUGUAGCCACCAGCCACCAUCAGUGGGUCUUCCAACAGGAAAAAGCGCCAACUGCUGUUUCUGUACCGUCCGAAUCGUCAAACAAGUAAAUGGCUCAAAAACCGGAUAUUUCGUGAAAUACAUUAAACUUCAAAGUGGAUUAACUCAUUCGGGUACCGGAAAAAGGAUGCCAGGUCUGCAGGGGGAAAAUGUUGUGGCGGCGCUCGGGAGCCCCAUCAAGAGGAGUAAACUGUCUCUGAAGUUCCUCCAGAAGAAAGAAACUAAACGGGCUCUGGAUUUCUCUGAACCUCAAGCAGAUGAACCCAAAAUAGUUGAACAAGAGGAGCCCGAGGCAAGCAGCUGCGAUCAGGUGGUCCCUGGUCCUUCUCCAUGUCCAGCCUCACCUGGCCUCCUCCUGCCAUCUGAGAAGAGAGAGACCUUGGUGCCAUUUGUGGGGCUUAACAACUUGGGCAACACCUGCUAUUUGAACAGCAUCUUACAGGUGCUGUACUACUGCCCCGGGCUCAGAGAAGGUGUAAAGAAACUGUACAACCUGUCUAAAAGAAAAGACAAACCAAAGGAUGAAACUGAUAAAAGCGAAGAGCAGUCAGGAGCUGUGGCUGAAGAUUUGUCUGCUCAGAUUGAGCUCCUUGGGAGCUUCAACGGUCUGAUAGCAUCAGUGGAGCAGCUGCAGUCCAGCUUUCUGUUAAACCCCGACAGCUUCAGUGAUGGAGAACUCGCCACUCCGCCUCGAAAAAUACUCCACACACUCAGGCAGCUGAACCCCAUGUAUGAGGGCUAUCUUCAGCACGAUGCCCAGGAGGUGCUGCAGUGCAUCCUGGGAAAUAUCCAGGAGGCUUGUGUCACCAUCAGAAAGGAGUUGGAGCUGGAUAGGGAGGAUGCCGAUGAGCCUGAGGUUAAACUUGAGCCUGGUGUCCGUUUGGGUUCAAGCAGCCCUGCGACAGAAGAGGACGGCCAAGUCAGUGGAAAGAGGAAGAGUGACACUGAAGUGGGAAAUGCUAAAAAGAAGCCAAAAUCUGUCAAGUCUAAGACAUGUGAUGAAGAGGUUAAUAGACCCCUCACUCGCUCCAAAAGGAAGUCCUCCAGUGACAUCAUGAUGGACGGCACCCGAGACAAAGAUAAAGAGGAGGUGGAGAAUGAAGGGAUGAAGACACUGAAUAGGGAGGAGGACAAAGGGAGUGACAAUGAAGGGAAAGGUGAAAAGGCAUCUAAAGAGUCUGAUGGGAAAAGAAAGAAGAGAUCUAAGCUGAGCUGGCUGAGGCCUUCUGGGAAACAGCCGAGUAUUUUCUCCAAGUUCCUCAGUGUGGGGAAGAUCAGCUCCACGAGUGUGAAGAACCAAAACAAACCAGAGCAGGAGAAUGGACUGGCCGGAGACCAAAGUCCCAAUGAGAAGACCAGCGUGGAGAGUUCACCCCAAGACAUGGCUGAAGACAAGAAGGCAGUCAAACUUCAAGAGGGCCUGGACCUGAUGGAGCACUUGUUCCAGGGCCGACUGGUUCUUAGGACUCGCUGUCUGGAGUGUGAGAGCUUCACAGAGAGGAGAGAAGACUUCCAGGACAUCAGCGUCCCGGUGCUCGACGAUGAACCCAGCAUCCCAGACGACCUUUCUGAGGUCUCUCCUGAUCCCAAACCAGAGCUGAAGACGUUGAAAUGGGCCAUCGGGCAGUUUGCUUCAGUGGAGCGCAUCGUUGGGGAGGACAAAUACUUCUGCGAGACGUGUCAUCAUUACACAGAGGCAGAGAGAAGUCUGCUGUUUGACAAAACUCCCGAAGUGAUCACCAUUCACCUGAAGCGCUUCUCCGCCAACAGUUUGGACUUGGACCCAUAUGCAGGUCUGUCUAAAGUGAACACUCCCUUGCAAACCCCGUUGACCUUGUCUCUGGAGGAGUGGUGCACCCGGCCCUUGUCCACGAAAGGUCAACGCUAUCAGCUGUUUGCCGUGGUCAUGCAUAGUGGUGUCACCAUCAGCAGCGGCCACUAUACGGCCUUCGUCCACCUGUCUGAUCUGAAAGAUGUGAAGCUCUUGCUGCGGGACAAAGAAGAAACCGAGGAAGAGGAGAAGGAGAGUAAAGAGGACACCCGGGUGAAAGACGAAGCACUGGACUAUGAUGACGGAGAGGUGUCUUUCAGCCUGAAUGCACGGGGUCAGAGGGGUACGAGUUUGGCUAGCAGCAAAACACGAGGAAAGAUGCUGUCAGAGGGCGGGGUUGGACUCCUGGGGGGCCAGAGGAGUCUGUCUAGUUGUGAUCUCGGGAGCAGCAAACACACGGAAAAAGCAGCCAGCAGUGGAUCAGCAGAGGGAUCCAAACGGAGGAAACCCAUCAACGGCAUGGGCCAAAAAACUGAAGCAGGACUAAACAAGGAGGCUAGAGUAGGAGAGGAGGAAUUAACACCUUCCCUUGGCAGCGUGGAGACCACAGAGAAGCAGGCCUUUAACAACCUCCUCGAAUACGAGGGCAAAUGGCUGCUGUUUGAUGACUCUGAGGUGCGUUUGUUUGAGGAGGAGGAUUUCCUGCAAGCCUGCUCUCCUGAGACGUCGUCCUCAUCGACACCGUACCUGCUGUUCUACAGAAGGAUGCCUGAACACGGACGCUAACAUGAACAAUGUGCAUGCUGUUGACUUUUUUUUUGGGGGGGGGGGGUUGUGUUGAACCAGACAUGGUCUUUGGCAGCUGGGCAUCCACACAGAGUAUUUUGCAAUACUAGAAACACUGCCAAGAAUACUGUGUCAGGCAUAUUAGCAACUGGACUGAAGAUACCUUUCACAGAGCAAACAGUCUGCUUAGAUCUUAUUGUGGACUCUCACCUCAGUCUGUCUGGCAAUUUAGGUUGAAAGUCAUAUUUUAGAAAUACUGUCAAAUGGUGAUGUUGGUUUUUUUUGUGACUUUUGCCUUUGUAAACUUAAGUACAUCGACCUGCCUUUUUGCUGUCUGUACUAUUAUUUCUUUAACACUGGCUUUGAUGCUUUUUCUGUCAUCUACACACAUCGUCACGUUUUAUGUAAUCUUUUUACAAAUUGGAAAAGCACUUUUGAACUAAAAUGUGAUUAAGUGACAAUUCAAAAUGUUGAAUUAUGUCUUUUUCUAGCUGAAUAGGUUUCUAAAAUUCAUAUGCAAUUACAAGAGAGCAUCAGUGUUGUGUAUGUUUAAGAAUAUGUUACUCAACUAAAAGCCAAAAUAGAGCCAGAUAUUUCCCAUACCAACUCCUCAAAAAAAUUGUUUUGCACUGAUUUCUUACAUUUUUCUAUUCUGGCAAAAAAAAAGUGUUGGACUGACUUGUGACUUUUACAAUGGCAUUUUUUUGUUUAUAUAAAACACACCAAAAUGUUAAUAUAUGCCAAGCAAUACAUAUUUUGUCGGUACCAUAAUUUAUAAUCAAAUAGCAGGGUGCUAAGUUUCUCACUUAGUCCAGACAUCAGCUUUUUAAGGCGCCAAUCCCGAGUUGAUACAUAACACUUAAACGUAUAUUUCUUCAAUUAGCUGUAAAGGUUUUUAUAAUAUACGUUCAGCAAGAUUAUUAAAAAAAACUGCCUUGUUCAUCUUUCAUAUCUAUUUAGUGUAUACUUAUCAAUUUGCUUAUUUGAUUGUGCAAAUAAGGAUAUGAAAUUUAGAGCAGGGUCAAAUCCCUGCUCAGUGAGGUGAUCUUCCACAGCACAGAACCUACCUUCACUUCUGUUUUCUGCUUUUAAGAAAAGGAUCUUAGUUUGUUUUAGACAAAACAAGCACAAAACAUCUCAGCAGUAAUCUGAGCAGAAUUAAUAGCACAGGGACAGAUUUGAGACUAAGUUUCAAAGGAGGGAAAUCAUUUUGACACAUCUGAACCUCUGCACUCUGACGUCUACAAACAUCACGCCAUGUUGGAGGCGUAGACAUCAGAGACUUCAGCCAGCUCUCUCGUGUUCAGGCGUUCAGUUAGCCAAAACAAGCAAGGGAAUCAACACCAACUCAGAACUGUGAAUCUUUCCCUGUAAACGCUCAGAAGACUUUCCUAUUGAUAAAGGAUUGAAUUUGUGUUUUUUUUUUUUCUCAUGACUAUUACAUAGCUUUGUGUGGAAUAAUAUAGUCAUUAAAAUAUUUAGUAAAGAUGACCUUGUUCAUUUCAGAUUCUAGAGCAGAGUGUUUGUAAAUCUAAUCAUGGUUUCAGGGAUUAUUAUUUAUCUUGGUGAGUAAUCCUCGUUAUGGUCCAUAUUCAGUUAUUUCAGUAUGAUUCAUACAUGGGACAUGUUCCCAUGUUCCAGAGCAAGUUUUGGAAUUUAACAAAAGUUCUUACAUGGUUAAAUGUUAAAUAUAACAUCACGGCAGCCUCAACAACGGCUGUCUAAACUCCUCAUCCUAAUUCUGUUAUUAUAUUAAUGUUGGCAGGUUCAUUCUCUCAGCAAUAAAGUUUUUACCUUCACAUGU